AUGUCAGAGUUACGUCUUGAAGAACACUUGUUAUUAAGUAGAAUUAUUCAAUGUGAUAUAAUUUGUAAAUUUAAAUGGAAAAAUCUUAAUACUGAAAUACUUAACGAAGUCAACAACCAUUACAAUGCUUUUAAAAACAAUUACUAUGAUUUUCGAGAUGGUAAUUUUUGCCUCAGAUCUGAAAUUUUAGAUUUAGACACAGCCAAAAAGUUAGUAACUUGGAUAAGCGGAAAAGAAUAUCAUAAAUGUUGGUACAAGUUUGAACUUUUAUUUAAUAUGAAGCAUGAUGGUUUAAAGUCAAAAACCUUUCAUAAAAACUGUGAUAGAAAAGGGCCCACUAUAGUAAUUAUUAAAUUAAUUGAUAGCAAUUUAAUAGAUGGUUAUAAUCUAUUAGAUUGGAAAGGUGAAAAUGUUUAG